AUGACUCGUGACUCUAACCCUCAGUCCUCCACUAACGAACGUCUUCAAAGUAUAGACACAUCCAAAUGCAAUUUCUUUACACAGUUUCUUUUGUCUAAAGAAACAUUGAAGGGGUUAAAAUUGUCAGGUUACACAAAGCCUACUGCAAUUCAAAAGCUAGUCUUAAAACCUGCCCUUCUUGGACAAGAUGUGGUUGCUGAAGCACCUACUGGUAGUGGCAAGACGAUUGCUUUUGCAAUCCCUGUGCUUGAACUUCUUCAUCAAAGCAAAGUUUCCAUGUUUGAUGGUCCAGUCGCCAUAAUUUUAACACCAACUCGCGAAUUAUCAAGACAGAUUUUCAGCGUAUUUGCCAAAAUUGCUCGUGAACACCACUUCACUAUGAUGAACAUUAUGGGCGGCAAAGUCUCGUGUUAUUAUUGUUUUUCAUUCUUUGUAGGCUUUAAAAAUCAAGAAUGGAAUAGUAUAUCACGAGCAAAUAUUCUAAUUGGAACUCCUGGUCGAAUGGCUCAACAUCAAACUGAAAAUUCUCUUCUUGAUAUGUCUAAUUUAAAAUUACUUAUAUUAGAUGAAGCUGAUAGAUUAUUAGAUCCAACAUUUCGUGAUGAUUUAGAAGUAAUUCUUCAAAAUUUAACUCCUGAUCGACAAACUUUAUUGUUUUCAGCCACUUUAACAAAGGCUACAGAUCAACUUAUUCGUCUUAGUAUGCGUAAUCCAAUAACUGUAUCAGUCAAUAAUAAUAUUAACAGUACUAAUAAUAGUACAACUUUAUCAAAUGAAUUACACACACCAUCUGAACUACUUCAAUAUUAUGCCAUAGUUCCAUUGGAACAAAAAAGUUGGAUACAUUGUGGACAUUUUUACAAAGUCAUUGUUUGUCAAUGUAUGUGUACUUUUGUUGUCAACUUGUAUCUUUUUAUCUUUUUGUAG